CCACAAUAUUGUCAUUCGUGUGGCCUUGACCACGCUCUCCAAGUCUAGUUUGUUUAGUCCACUUUCUCCUUUUCCAUUAUCGCCUUAAUUUGGUUUUUCUCCUUCUCUCUCUAUCUUCAACCAAACACUUACCUUAUCAAUUCAAAAUAUACCAAACAAUCUCACCACACUAACACUCCUUCCAAUUCUCCAUUUUCCGCCAUCAUCAUCCUCCUUCGAUGCCUUCUUCACUUUCCGAUGCUUCGCGGUAAACAAUGGCGUCUGCUCCAUCUUUGUCAGUUUCAGUGGAAUGUGUUAGUGUAUGUAAGCUAAAGAUAUCGAGAGGAGAAGGGAGGUAUGAUUGUAGUGUUUUUUCUUGUGCUUGGAAAGCUCCGCGGACUCUUACUGGUUCGUUAGCUAGUACUACUCAGAGUUCUUCGUCUUGUUAUUCUUUUAGAAGAUUCAACCGGCGCGUAUAUAGAUGUGGGGCCUCUGAUAUUAGAGGCAAUCACUGGCCGGAGAAUUCAUGCUUUACAGAUGCUGGAUGGUUCUUCAGGGAAAUUAGACAACACCCAGAUUCUGAAAGAUGGAAGUUGCACUGUAUUUCAUCUUCCAAUUCCAAUUUAUUUGAUCACGUUUCUGCUGAAAGUUUGUGGGAGGAUCUUAAACCUAGCAUCUCAUACCUACCUCCUGGUGAACUUGAGCUGGUUCAGAAAGCCCUGAAGCUUGCCUUUGAUGCUCAUGAUGGUCAAAAAAGGCGCAGUGGAGAGCCCUUCAUAAUCCACCCAGUUGAAGUUGCACGUAUUUUGGGAGAACUUGAAUUGGAUUGGGAGUCCAUAGCAGCUGGGCUAUUACAUGAUACUGUCGAGGAUACAAAUGUUGUAACUUUCGAGCAAAUUGAAAAGGAGUUCGGUUCUGCUGUUCGCCACAUUGUAGAGGGGGAAACAAAGGUAUCAAAAUUGGGGAAACUAAAGUAUAAAAAUGAGAACAGUUGUGUGCAAGAUGUAAAAGCAGAUGAUUUACGGCAGAUGUUUUUGGCAAUGACAGAAGAGGUCCGUGUUAUCAUUGUCAAAUUAGCUGAUAGAUUGCACAAUAUGCGUACUCUAUCGCACAUGCCUUCUCAUAAGCAGACAAGUAUAGCGCUGGAGACCCAGCAGGUGUUUGCCCCUCUGGCAAAGCUGCUAGGAAUGUACAAAAUUAAGUCUGAACUUGAGAACCUAUCCUUCAUGUACACGAACACCCAUGAGUAUGAGAAAAUUAACAAAAGAGUAGGUGAGCUUUAUGAAGAUCAUGAGAAAGAGCUCAAUGAGGCAAACAAAAUUUUGGUCAAAAGGCUUGAGGAUGAUCAGUUUUUGGAACUUGUGACUGUCAAAACUGAAGUGCAUGCUGUACUUAAAGAGCCUUACAGUAUCUAUAAAGCAGUUACCAAAGCAAAUGUUUCUAUCAAUGAAGUCAACCAAAUUGCUCAGCUUCGUGUAGUAGUAACGCCUAAACCUUGCACUGGAAUUGGACCUCUCUGUACUGCUGAGCAGAUUUGCUAUCAUGUGCUUGGGCUUGUACAUGGCAUAUGGACUCCAAUUCCUAGAUCUGUGAAGGAUUUCAUUGCUACACCUAAGCCUAAUGGAUAUCAAAGUUUGCAUACAACUGUUAUUCCAUUCCUUUAUGAGAGCAUGUUCCGGCUGGAAGUUCAGAUUAGAACAGAGGAGAUGGACCUAAUAGCUCAAAGAGGGAUUGCUGCUCACUAUUGUGGGAGAGUGUUUGCUGAUGGGUUAAAUGGUCAAGUAAUACCCAGAAACUCAAGAGGGAAGCCGGCCUGUCUUAAUAAUAGCAAUGCUGCAUUGAGGAUUGGCUGGCUCAAUGCAAUUAGAGAAUGGCAAGAAGAAUUUGUUGGUAAUAUGACCUCCAGAGAGUUUGUUGAUGUCAUCACGAGGGAUCUGUUAGGCAGCCGUGUCUUUGUAUUUACUCCACGUGGGGAGAUAAAAAAUUUGCCAAAGGGAGCUACGGUUGUUGACUAUGCAUAUAUGAUUCACACAGAGAUUGGAAACAAGAUGGUGGCUGCGAAGGUGAAUGGUAACCUUGUUUCUCCAACACAUGUACUCGCCAAUGCUGAAGUUGUGGAGAUUAUAACCUAUAAUGCUCUCUCUAGUAAAUCUGCUUUCCAAAAGCACAAGCAGUGGUUACAACAUGCUAAAACACGCAGUGCUCGUCAUAAGAUUAUGAAAUUUUUGAGGGAGCAAGCUGCAUUAUCUGCUGAAGAAAUCACUAUGAAUUCAAUAUACGACUUUAUUGCUGAUUCUGAAAAAGAAGAUGUGCAAGAGAAACUUUUGGACUUUUCCACAGUGAGCAGGCCAAUGUCAGAUAUGAUUUUUGAGACAUUGUCACCUCCUAAAACUCCUAAAGAACUUAAGCUGUCAAAUGGUGCUCUUGCUGCUCCAAAGGUCAAUGGGAAGCACAAUAAGACUGUCCAGCAUUCAAAUUCGACAAGUAAAGGGAAAAUAUUGUCACGAAAUAAUGAUAUUACUAAGUUGAUAAUUGCUAACACUGCGAGGCCUAGAGAUGUCCUUCCUGGUUUGGAAAGUUGGCAAACCAGCAAAAUUGCCGCUUGGCACAGCAUUGAAGGGAGCUCUAUCCAAUGGCUCUGUGUAGUUUGCAUUGAUCGUCGGGGUAUAAUGAGUGAAGUGACAACAGUACUGUCUGCUUUAGGCUUCUCAGUUUGUUCCUGUGUGGCCGAACUUGACAGAGGGAAGGGUAUGGGAGUCGUGCUAUUUCACAUUGAAGGGAAUUCAGAUAAUUUGAUUGAUGCUUGUUCCCGGAUUGAUGCAAUAUUCGGUGUUCUGGGAUGGUCCACUGGUUGCAGUUGGCUGAACGCCAUCGAAACCUAGACAUCUACUGUUCUUCAACACAACCACUAUCUCGUUUUCUAAGCAAUUCCUGCCCUGCAGGACUGCGAGUGAAAGAUGUCGGGAGAUAGGUGCUUUUUGAUGAUAUAUUUCGUUAAAUCAGAAUCCUAAAUUCUUUUUGGUAGAACAAAGCGAAGUAGAUAGCAAGGGCCAUAUGUAGCUCGUAUACUAAAGUCCGGGCACACUGUAUAUACUGAGAGUUAUAGUUAGGACUAAAGGUGUAAAGGGUUUAUACAAAAGCUUCAUCCAUGGGGAAAGAGGAAAGGAGAAGCUAACAUAUUCAUGAGUUAAUGUUACAAAGUUCUUUCAAUAUGUUUACUUGUACAUUUCUUAUCUUUUGAAUCUAUCCAUCGUAAUGAUGUAUAUCAGUUAUGUUGCAUUCUUCGUGUAUAAUCAAGCCAGGAUUCGGGAUUGAUUAACUAGUGGAUUCAAGAUGUGUUCAUUCGGAUUAUUGGGUC